AUGACUGCGGCGCGCAAUGCCGUCAGCGUCUGGACCGCACGCGUUGUCCCGGUCUUCCUCGCGCUCAUCGUCGCCUAUGCAUCCUACGUUAUCACCGGUCCACUGGCCAUACAGUUCUUGCUCAACCCUCCUGAAGGCUUGCCCAAGCGGACAGCACUUGGACUGGCAUUACCGAUAGCUUACUUGUUCCUUCUCAUCCCGGUUGCAGCAACAUGGGUACGGCUACUGGUAGUGGUCUGGCGCGAGCCUGGUUAUAUACCACUUGGAGCCCCACGCGAUCCGGCAGCUCAGGAACCAGCGCCCGGUCUGGAGGACUUUUGGCUUCUUGACGCGUUCGCCUGCGAUGCGCGUGGUCUGCCGAUAUGGUGCCCGCAUUGUAACAAUUGGAAACCCGACCGCACUCAUCACAACCAGGACGUCGGACGCUGCACACUCAAGAUGGAUCACUUCUGCCCGUGGGUUGGCGGCGUCGUCGGAGAGCGGUCUUACAAGUUCUUCGUCCAAUUCAACUUCUACAGCUUUUUGCUCUCCGGUUAUACUUUGGCAGUGCUGGCCUACUUUGUUGCUCAAGGCGGCGAAAGCAAUGACCUGAAAGUACAGUGGCUGAUUGCGCUGGGCCUUGCCGGAUUCUUCGCGUUCUUCACCAUCGGCAUAACGCUCAAUUCUAUCUGGAUGGUUUUUCGGAAUGUCACUUCCAUCGAGAACAUUGAUGCCUUUUCACGGACGAUGCUAUUGGCGGUCCUUUUACCUCCCGAGCUGCAAGGCAAGACACUCGAGGGACCACCGACUCCUCCGCAAGCACAUCUACGACCAGAUAGCUCCCCAAGCCGAUCUGGCGAAAGCGAGAUGCCUCUAACCUCCGACCUUGACGACCCGAGCCAUUCGACUUACUUUUCCAAUCUCCAAACUCCGCGGCCGCCACGUCGCUCGUCGAAUCUACCAUUUCAAGAGCGGAUAUGGAGAGGUACAGUUACUUACCCGCUGUACCUACCGAUUGAUCGACCGCCUCUACCGGCACCACAGCCCCGGACGUUUGCGAUCCUCGAAACACUGCCAGGCAUGAAUGUGUGGGAUUUGGGCAGUGCAUACCGAAAUUUCAAAGCUGCAUUCGGCGACAGUCCGCACGACUGGCUUCUACCCAUCAGACACUCGCCGUGCUGCGAUCACACUUCACUCAUCUCCCAAUACCCCCUUGGACCAGACUUCGAAGAGCUGCUCAUUGAGGCCGGACUCGUUGCACGCCCAAAGCACUUCCAUCCGCGGGAGGAUGUGGUUCCCCACGACAGCAAAAGCGCAACAGCAUCGCGGAAGCGGCGGCGGAAGCGGAGAUUAGAUGAUGGCUGGCAGAAUGGAGAACGGCCUGAUGGCUGGUUCAGCGAGAAGGAAGCCAGACGCGUGAGGAAUGAUGCGAGGCGGAGGAUGCGCGGGGACCUGCCCGGUCGAGAUGCCUAUCAAUGA